AUGUCAAACUCUGCCAGCAAGAUGUACUCGAUGUUCUUCUUGGAUGCUGUAUUCGAGUUGCUGCUGGUGAAUGAUGGCGAGGGCAUGGCCAUCGUGCCAAUCGAUGAUGACGACGACGACAUUGAUGGCGACGCCUGUGGCUGCAUCGAGGGCGAGUGGGUGCCGGCUCCGACCGGAUUGAUUGGGUUCUUGAUCAUCAUUGAGCCACGGCUCAUGGGCGAUCGAGUGCCAGAUGUUGUGCUGCUGGUCGAUGUGGUGCUGGUAGUCGACGAUGACGAUGUUGUGGUUGGUGAUUGUGUCAUUGACUUUGUAGGCAUGCUCCUAUGUGCCUGUUGUGAUGCACUAAUCGGUGUCAAUGCCACUAUUGGAGAUGGAGCAUUGCUUGAGCCUGAAGAAGAAGAUAACACUGGUGACAGUGGCUUCAACCUGUUUGGUGAAUCUGUCAUCCUAUGA